AUGCCCGUCGUGAAUGUCGACGAUCUAGUUCGUCUGCAGCGGAAACCUGACGACAUUCGAAAUAUCUGCAUUCUCGCCCACGUUGAUCAUGGCAAGACGUCAUUAACCGAUGGCCUGAUAGCCACCAAUGGCAUCAUCUCGCCCAAGCUAGCGGGUAAGAUCCGCUACCUGGACUCUCGACCCGAUGAGCAGCUCCGAGGUAUUACAAUGGAAUCUUCGGCGAUCUCAUUGUUCUUUUCCAUGCUCCGUCGUCCGGCACCGGACGCUGCACCGGUGCCUAAGGAGUAUCUGAUUAAUUUGAUCGAUUCACCGGGUCACAUCGACUUCAGCAGUGAAGUCUCUACAGCGUCUCGCCUUUGUGAUGGUGCGGUUGUCCUCGUCGAUGCUGUCGAGGGUGUCUGCAGUCAGACAGUCACUGUGCUUCGUCAGACAUGGGUGGAGCAAUUAAAGCCGAUCUUGGUCAUUAACAAGAUGGAUCGGUUGGUGACUGAGCUCAUGAUGAGCCCCAGUGAAGCAUUCUCGCACCUAAGUAGGCUGUUGGAACAGGUCAAUGCUGUCAUCGGCAGUUUCUACCAAGGUGAACGUAUGGAGGACGAUCUGCAGUGGCGAGAGCGCAUGGAAGACCGUGUGAGUGCCUCCGCCACAAAGUCUAAGAAGCAGACUUUGGACGACGAAUCUGUUGCUAGUAUCAGCGAGGCUACGGAGUUCGAGGAGCGUGAUGACGAGGACCUCUACUUUGCUCCGGAGAAGAAUAAUGUUAUCUUCUGCAGUGCUGUCGAUGGAUGGGCAUUUACAAUCCGUCAAUUCGCUGCAAUUUACGAAAAGAAACUUGGUAUCAAGCGUACAGUUCUUGAAAAGGUCCUUUGGGGUGAAUUCUACCUUGACCCGAAGACCAAGAGAGUGCUGGGCCCGAAGCACUUGAAGGGUCGAGCCUUGAAACCCAUGUUUGUGCAGUUGGUUCUCGACAGCAUUUGGGCUGCUUAUGAGGCGACAACUGGUGGCGGCAAAGGAAAGGGCGACCCCGUUCUAUUGGAGAAAAUCACAAAGUCAUUGAACAUCAAUAUUCCACCUUAUAUCCUGCGUGGCCGCGAUCCGAGAAAUAUUAUGACCACUCUAUUCUCAGCAUGGCUGCCACUAUCAACUGCAGUCCUGGUUUCGGUGAUCGAGUAUCUCCCAAGCCCCCAAGCUGCGCAAUCUGCUCGUCUGCCGGAAAUGAUCAAAUCGUCACCGGGCUCAGACCACAUCUCUGAAGAUGUCAAGCAAGCUAUGGUGAACUUUAAAACUGGCCCAGAGGCGCCUGUCGUUGCGUAUGUCAGCAAGAUGGUUGCUAUUCCCGAGAGCGAGUUGACUGCCAGCAAGAAGCGCGGCGCCACUAUGACUGCCGAGGAAGCCCGAGAACUCGCCCGCCGCAAGCGAGAGGAGAUUGCGAAGAUGCAGGCAGAAGCCAGUGCAGGACGUAAGGACGAUUUCGAGCAAAUGACAUCGCAGUUCCAAACUACUAUGUUGAUCAGAGAGGAAGAAGAACCGGAGGAGGUUGCAGAGGAGGAAGACCCAGAUCAUCUCAUUGGAUUUGCCCGUCUUUAUUCGGGAACUCUUUCGGUGGGAGACGAAAUCUAUGUGCUGCCACCUAAAUUCUCCCCCGCAAACGCGCAUGCCAGUCCGGAGCCCAAAAAGGUUACAGUUACAGACUUGUACCUCAUGAUGGGCCGGAGCCUCGAGCCACUCCAGUCAGUUCCGGCUGGUGUCGUAUUUGGUAUUGGGGGCCUGGCAGGCCAUGUCCUUAAGACAGGUACCCUUUGCAGCCAGCUCGAGGGAAGCAUUAACUUGGCGGGUGUAUCACUAAGCACCCCACCGAUUGUGCGUGUUGCUCUGGAGCCGGUCAACCCUGCUGAUCUAGGCAAGUUGGUCACUGGCCUACGUCUUCUUGAGCAGAGUGAUCCCUGCGCUCAGUACGAGGUCCUCCCUAGCGGUGAACAUGUUAUUAUCACUGCGGGUGAAUUGCAUCUCGAACGCUGUGUUAAGGACCUCCGUGAACGCUUUGCUAAAUGUGAAAUCCAAACCGGUGAAGCUAUUGUUCCCUACCGGGAAACCAUCGUCAAUGCCCCAGAGAUGGCAUCACCAAAGAACCCUGAACUUGGUCGUGGAGGUGUGCUAGCAGUAUCCCCGUCCAAGCAGAUGACACUUCGUCUGCGUGUUGUGCCACUACCGGAGGCAGUGACCGACUUCCUCACAAAGCAAGUUGGUACUGUGAAACGAUUGCAGUCACAAAAACGUGACGAGGCCAAAUCGGAGGAGUCAGCAACAGAAAAUGGUCAAGAAGCAACUGUUGAUGCCGCUGACGAAGCCCAUGAGGGCAGCAAUCUUUCUCUCGUCGAAUUUCGAGAGGAACUGACCAAGAUAUUCGAAAAGGAAGUCAAAGAAGACAAUGAACUAUGGAAGAACGUCGUAGACAGAAUCACUGCAUUCGGACCCCGAAGAAUCGGACCCAAUAUCCUUGUCGAUGCCACCGCCGUCAACACCUGCGAGAAGUUCCUCCUCGACGACCCAAAACAAAACGCCGCUGUCUCCACCGAUAACCAGCAAGCCCUCCUCGUCCGCGACUUUCACGACAAAAUCGCCUACGCCUUCCAACUGGCCACAAGCCAAGGCCCCCUCUGCCAAGAACCAAUGCACGGCGUAGCAGUCUUCCUCGAAGACCUCUCCGUUCAAGCGGCGGAGGGCGAACUCGACAUGGGCCGACUAACCGGUGACUCAAUCCGACUAGUCCGCGAAGGCAUCACCCAAGGAUUCCUAGACUGGAGUCCACGAAUCAUGCUCGCAAUGUACAGCUGUGAGAUCCAAGCAACAACCGAAGUACUAGGCCGUGUCUACGGUGUCAUAACCCGACGCCGUGGCCGGAUUCUUUCUGAAAUCAUGAAAGAGGGAACUCCUUUCUUCACUAUCAUUGCUAUUCUGCCUGUCGCCGAAUCGUUUGGAUUCGCUGAGGAAAUUCGGAAGAGGACUUCUGGUGCUGCGCAGCCGCAGUUGAUUUUCUCGGGCUUCGAGGCCUUGGAUGAGGAUCCGUUCUGGGUUCCUGCUACUGAGGAGGAGUUGGAGGAUUUGGGUGAGCUUGCUGAUCGGGAGAAUGUUGCCAAGAGGUACAUGGAUGCUGUGAGGAAUCGGAAGGGUCUGGUUGUUCAGGGACGGAAAUUGAUUGAUGCUGAGAAACAGAAGACUCUGAAGAAGUAG